AUAGUACCAAGAAAUUGUUGUCCAAACGUCAGCGGCAGAAGUGUAAACAAAUAGAGCAAUUGUGUCCGUCUUCCUGAAAUAGAAAGCCGUCACGUCUGGUACUGUACAAUGGAAAAGGACCCAAUUUCCUGCUCAGAUGAAGCCACAGUGCAAGCACGAUCACGGCCAAAGAAUAAGAAGAGACGAGCAUCAACAUCAUCAUCCUCGUCCUCCUCAGCUUCCCCAAAUCACAGGGAGGUUAAAAAGAAAAGAAAAAGAACAAAAUCUGCUUCCUCAAGAUCAUCCUCGUCUUCUUCAUCGUCAUCGUCGUCCUCGUCCUCGUCUUCAUCCUCAUCCUCUUCUUCCUCAUCGUCGUCAUCUUCCUCAUCAUCAUCCUCAGAUUCAUCGGGGUCAGACACGGAAGUGUAUAAUGGUAAGCUAAAAGGCAAGGCACUAAAAAAGGCUCUCAAGAAAAGGAAGAAGAGAGAAAAAGCAUUAAAGAAGAAGCUCAAGAAAUGCAAAAAACAAGCAAAGGAACAGCAGAAGAAGUCAAUUAAGAAAAAGGUUAAAAGAUUAAGGAAGAAGCUUAAAAAAUUAAAGAAGGAUAGGAAGAAGGAGACCAAGCGUUUAAAGAAGAAGACAGUGACCAAGGAGAAGCAGAAAGCAGAGGUUGUCAAUCACACAAAAAGUGAUUCCAAUAAAGAAAAAAAUCCCAAGUCCUCCAAAAAUAAGACAGAUGUCACAGAAAAUGGAUCGACUUCAGUGGGGCCGAGCGUGGACAUGAUGACCACGAGCCGGGCCACGACACCCAUGACCAGGGAAGAAUGGGAAAAACAAGAGAGUGUGACGAGGGUCGUCUAUGACCAGGAGAGUGGCAGGCACAGGUUGAUUAAAGGCUCGGGUGAAGUGGUGGAGGAAUGUGUUAGCCGUGAUCGUCAUCGAGCUAUCAAUAAAGCAGCUACACAAGGUGAUGGGGAGUUUUUCCAGGCCACUAUAAAGUCUCGUGCCUCUAAAUAGUGACCGGUUACACACUGUACAGGUACUGUUAUUUUCAUCUCACUGGCUAUGUUUCUGGUGAAGAUUAGCUUUUGAGGAUUCCAGAAAACUGGAAGGUAAUGGUGUGCAGUUACAAAUUUUGUGUUAAUAUAUGUGAUCUGAUGGUGAAAGAAAUGUUCUAUAGGUUAAUGGAAAGCUGAUGUUAAUGUAACAUCAAUGUUUUUUUUUUAAACUUCAAAGAAAACUUCAUUUAAGAAAGCAGUAAGAUUGUAGUUUUAAUUUGGGAUGUAUUUGUGAAAUUAAUGAUUCUUAGGUAAAGUAGUAAAGCUGUAGUUUGUAUU